AUGCCUCCACUCAGCCGCCGCGCGAAGCCUCUACUGAGCACGGUAGGUGGGAAGCCUUCCUCAGCAGAUCAGCCAGCUACCAAGUCAUCGGCCGCAGCGAUUACACCGCCGUCCUCGGCACCGAAGCCUGCUCCAUUGCGAGAAGGAAUGGGCCUCAGUGACGAUCCGGAAAGCGGCAGUUCCAAUGAUGAAGGGUCCGACGAUGACAAGGUUGAUUUCGCCUCCUCCGCCCUCUCCUCGCCCGUGUCAAAGUCUCCGUACAAGCCGCCGAGAAGGGGAAAAGCCCUCAGAGCGCCUCGUUCCCUCGGCGGUGGAAGAGCGACAACGGUUGCGGCCAAUAAAAAGAGAGCGCGUGGAAACGAAGACGCAGCGACCGGAACGCAAGAUUCGGAAGUCGGCUCGGGCCAUGACGACGACAUGAUGGAUCCUCUCUUCGGCGACAUGAGCACCUCCCGGCCCGCAAAGCAUAGGCGGACUACGUAUGGAACCGCGGGGAGGAGCUUCGAGGCUCCUGCGGCGAGCGGCAAGGCAAAGAAGGCGGCAGCUGGAUACGGAGGCAGGUCUGGGGCGAAGAGUGCGCAAUCAACACCCGCAAAGAAUAUUCAUACGCUCGCAAAGACUUCGGCGGCGAGUACGGGACGAGCGGCUGCGAAAACGAAUAAAAAAGGUACGCCAUUUUCUGAUAUUUCAGCCAACACUGUGACCCUGUCGUCUUCCCAGAGGAUUCAUGGAGAGUGUGCUGGUGGUGAGAAUGAGGGGCGAAGGCCAGGAAAAAUGUUGAAGCUGCUUGAUCCAAUGGCAUCACCUCCCAGUCCGGAACGGGCGAUUCUCAAAACACUACCACCAGUCAACUUUCCUAUACAGACUAGGAGCUCACCGAAGCUCCUAAAGCUGGCUCCAUCACAACCUCAGCCUUCACCGGCAGAAUGCACACAAGGGAGCACCUCACUAUCAAAAUCCCAAGACUACGAAGUAAUUGAUCUGACAAAGCGCUCCAAAGAUAUCAAAUUGGGUAAAUCAGAUGCGUCCAACAAAGGAAAUCAAGAUACACCUACCAACAGGAAAACUCUCAAGCUACUUCCUUCCAUCGACGGCGGCACCCCAUCGACUCCGUACUCUAAGAAAACGGCGACACGAAGAUCAUCGAGGCGCAACAAAGGCCAAGCCGCCGAUCACGACGACGACGACAAAGAUAUCAAGGUCAGCAGCCCGAUCGGUCUUGAUGCCCUCGAAGAUGACGACGACGACGGACCCAACCCGAACGGUAACUACGAGACGCCGGCCAAGUGUCCCAUCUGCCAAGCACCGGUAGAUCGCUUUCUACUCGAGGAAUGGCAAGGGAGCCGUGCAUAUAUGCGCAUCCGGCGCCAGAUGGCGUUUUGCCAGGCGCAUCGGCGCGCCACGGCCCGUGAGGAGUACGCCGCGCGCGAGUACCCGGAGAUCGACUUCGAUGCGCUGCUGGGGACCACAUCCGCACCGCGCGACGAAAACGGCGAGGACGAUGACGACGACGAAGGCGGUGACGACAACAAAAACAACAACAACAAAAACAACAGCAGCGGCAGCGGACGCAUCCAACGCUUCCGCGACGACCUGAUCGGCAUCGUGCGCCGCGAGCGCGCCUCGGCCUUCCGCGACGCGGCGGACGCGGCGGCGUCGAGGGGCGAGGGCCGCAGCCUCCGGAAGACGGUACUGGCCACCACCACGGACACGGACGCCGCGUGCCUGGCGGGGGGCAUGAGCGUGGGCUACUACGGCCCGCGCGGGCGCCGCGUCAUGGAGGGGUGGGUCACGCGCGAGCUCGCCGACGCGAUCCGGCAGCAGGCGGGGCGCGACCGCCUCAUCGGCUUCAAGACGGUGAGCGGCUUCAUCCAGGAGGUGCUCGUGCCGGAGCUGGCGACGCGGCUGGUGGCCGAGGACCUGGACGUCGGCGAGGAGCGGGCGAGGGAGGUGUUGAGGGAGAGCGGGGAGAUUGGGGAGCUGGUCAACGGGGUGGAUGAUGAGGAUGGGGAGGAGGAAGGGGGGGGAGGGGGAGGGGAGAGGACGGGGGCUGGGAAGCUUGGCGGCGGUGAGGAUGAGGAUGGUGAAGGAGAUUAUUGA